GCCUCCACCAUCGCACGACAUUUUCUUUGUAAAAGAAAUUCCAACUAUACCGAACAAGGCACAGCUGCGUUCCGGUCGAUCUCAAGCAUUCGAGUUGCAAGGACCAGUUCCCGGUUAUCUGCCGCUACUCCCGAAGAGUACGAGUGCAUGCAUGUCUCAUUAGAGCGGGCGGACCUUAUCUCCAAACGCCUUUUUUCUCUCUCCCUCUGCCAACCCAACGCCGAUCCGGCCUAACAAAGCCACCAACAGAAAUAAGCAAUUAGUAUCGUCAGUGCUUUUUUUUUGUCAUUGCACCGCCAAAAAGGGGCAACUCGCACAAACCAUGCUUGGCCAGGACCAUAAUAUGAGGAUGAGAUCGCUCGAUCCCUCCCCUCAAGUUUAUUCACAUUCGAGAUCAAGAACCUCGUCUUCGAGUGUAUUCCCACAAGCACUCACCCCAAUGCAACACCUACAACAACCGCAGCCCUCUAUGGGCCACACCCGACGAUCACCUUCGGUCAACACAUUCAACAGCACCACGUCGAGCAAUCCUCCCCCCGCCGCUUACCGAACGUCGCCGACCGCCGAUGUUCGACGCAGUACUUCCUCGAGAUCUGGAAGUGGUCCUCCUACGAGCUAUGUCGCCCUAUUGCGAAAACAAAAGGCCACCGUAUGGUGCGAUCGAGCACAGACCGAAGACCCUCGAAUCCUAGCCCAACAGCGUGCGGCGAAACAAAGGGCGAACCAGGAAGUCACUGGCGGCGCCGCACAAAGCCGUACCUCAACAGGAUUGGGUAGUACCGGUGGCAAGGUUGCUGCUAAGAUUCGCCAUCACGGCAAGCCAGGCGUUGUAGGCUACACUCCCGACAGCAACUACAUGGGCGUAAGCGGAGUGCCGAUGCGUUUGAGCGCUACCGAAGUCGAAGGCGAAGACGGCGAAGAGGACGACCUGUCGAUGCGCCGUUUGCACCACCGUAGGACGGGCAGUAGUGGGCGAAGUAGCACCGCUAGUAGCAGGCGCGGCCUCGCAUACCGUACCUCUGGUGCCUCCCAAGGCAGCAAAAGAUGGAGUCCUGGCGAUACCCCAGAACGAGCCGGUAGUAUGGUCAUUGAGGACGCCGAAUUCACACCCGGUGAUGACAAGGGCGGCCGACCCCAGAGCACUCGUAGUGGAAGCAGUGCAGAGAAAGCUGAUGCUCUACCGGAGCUUGGUAGCGUUAGCGCUACCAAAUUGGCUAGCAAUAGUCUGAUGAACGCAGCUCUCACUAGGGAGAAGAGCGUCAAGAACCCAGAGGAUCUCCGCCGACGAGGUAGCGUGGACGAGCGAACCAUGACUCUUACAGCUGGACGACUUUACAUCGCAAACCCUGAUUAAUGAGAAAUGGUUACUUGUGCUGCGUUCCUUCACAUCGGCAUUUCAUUUUCAAGGCCGAAGAUACACUACGGUGUACAGGACGUU